AUGAAGCAGCAAACAGUUCUCUUUCUAACACUUUUGCUGUGUUUGGUUCUUUGUGAUGCUGCUCCUACGUUGACACCAUCAGAUGACCGUCAAGUAGCUGAGGAAUACUUGGCACAAUACUAUGGGGACCAGGCCAAGACUGAGUCGCGUGGCAGAAAUAUGUUCCACACAGAUUUUGAGAAAAAUCUGAAAGCCAUGCAGGAGUUUUUCGGACUGGAGGUCACAGGCAAGCUGGACACAAACACUCUGGAGGUGAUGAAACAACCACGCUGCGGUGUCACUGAUUUGGCAAGAUACGGACACUUCGAUGGGAAGCCCAAGUGGAAGCAAAGUGUUGUAACAUACAGAAUAACAGAAUACACAUCACAGUUGAGCAGGAGUGAAGUAGACGUCACUAUCGCUAAAGCCUUCAAGCUGUACAGUGAUGUCAUUCCUCUUGAUUUUAAACAGAUCGACAGCGGCACAGCCGAUAUCAUGAUUCUCUUCAAAGCUGGAUUUCAUGGAGAUUUCUACCCAUUUGAUGGACCGAGCAAGGUUCUGGCUCAUGCCAACUCUCCUGGUCCUGGACAAGGAGGAGAUACACAUUUUGAUGAGGAUGAAAAAUGGGCACUAAAUGCACAAGGUAUCAAUCUGCUUUUGGUGGCUGCCCAUGAAUUUGGUCACGCGCUGGGACUAGAUCACUCUAAAGACCGAUCGGCUCUCAUGUAUCCAAAUUACCAAUAUAUCGACACGAAUGGUUAUAGUCUUCCUUGGGAUGACCGAAUCGGGAUCCAGGCCCUGUAUGGGGUUCGAUCAUCAUAUAAACCUGCCCCAAAGCCUGAACCAAAACCAGAUCCUGGACCAAGCAACCCACCAGAAGCAUGCAAGCGUGACUUAGUUUUUGAUGCAGCAACCAGAAUUCGAGGAGAAUUGUAUUUCUUUAAAAAUGGAUACUACUGGAAGAAAGUAUACAGUGCACUUUCACUGGAUAAAAUAAACUCUUUGUGGCCGUCUAUCGAUUCUGUUGAUGCUGCUUAUGAAUUCAAGAACCGAGACAUCACCUUCCUCUUCAAAGGUGAACAGUACUGGGUCGUCAGAGGCAGCACAACUUUGCCUGGUUAUCCUAAACCCAUUUCCAACUUUGGGUUUUCCUCUUCUGUGAAAAAGAUUAAUGCAGCCGUGCAUGUGGAGUCCACCGGCAAAACUCUAUUUUUUGUUAAAAGCAAAUACUGGAGCUUCAAUGAAAGGACAGGUAAAAUGGACCAAGACUUUCCUAAAAACAUUCGGCAUAACAUCCCUGGAAUUGGAUCACAUGUAGAUGCUGCUUUUGAAAAUGAUGGUUACCUAUAUUUCUCAGACGGUGCACGGCAAACUGAAUAUGAUUUCAGUUCGAAACAAGUGAAACGUGUUCUAUUGAAUUAUAGAUGGUUGAAUUGCUACUAA